GUACGAUCAGACUCAUUAGGUUAAUUUUAGUUAAAACAAAGGUAUUUAGUUUUAUUUUCUAAAAGUACAAUAUACAAAAUUAUACACACAAAAUGACUACUUUCAAGCAAGUUCCUCUCACGUGUGGUGGCCAUACUAGACCAGUCGUGCAUUUGGAUUUUAGUGACGUUACAAAAGAAGGAUAUUAUUUGAUUUCUGCUUGCAAAGAUGGGAAACCCAUGUUGCGUCAAGGUGAGACGGGUGACUGGAUUGGGACAUUUGAAGGCCACAAAGGAGCAGUGUGGGGAGUGGCUUUGACACAAAACGCUAAUUUGGCAGCUAGUGGAGCAGCUGAUUUUUCGGCUAAGUUAUGGGAUGCGCGAUAUGGCGAGGUGGUCCACACAUUCGACCACGAGCACAUAGUAAAGAGUGUGAAUUUCAACUCUGACGACUCGCUGCUGCUUACCGCCAGUAACGAGAAACUCAUAAGGGUGUUUGACUUAAACAAACCUGAUGCUGGACCAAUAGAAAAGAUAAGUGCGCACACGAGCAGCAUCAGGCACGCCGUUUUCCUGCACAACUCGCGCGUCGUCAGUGUCAGCGACGACCUCACAAUGCGCGUUUGGGACCGCACGAGUGGGCAGGAGGUGCACAAGAUAGACUUCCCAACCAUUCCAAACAGCUUAGAGCUAUCAAGAGACGGAGCUAUAUUAACGGUAGCACAUGGUUUAAACGUAGCAUUCUACUCGUCGGACACGAUGCGUAAAAUGCGCGAGAUCCCUGUGCCCACGAAGUGUUAUUCGGCAUCGCUAGCGCCUAGUCGCGCGACGUUCGUCUGCGGCGGCGAGGACCUAAAAGUAUACAAGUUCGAUUACAACACCGGCACUGAGCUUGAGUCAAAUAAAGGCCACUUCGGACCUGUACACUGCGUGCGAUGGUCGCCCGACGGAGAACUGUACGCGACGGGAUCUGAAGAUGGCACAGUGCGGCUGUGGCAGGGCGUGCCGGGCCGAGUGUACGGCCUGUGGCGCCGCUCGAAUGAGCACCCCAUUGCAAAUGGUUUUAAGGAGGUUGCAGCCAACUGACUCUUACCUUAUUUUGUGCAGGACUUUAAGGAGCAGUGAGAGUGCAAUCAAAAUUGGUCGUUUGUUGUCGACUGCGGCAGUGGUUGGUAGUCACAAGACCAGGCCGUGUGUUAAUGAACUUGAGGGGCUAACCUGACAAAUCGAGACUUUACAAAUUGUCGAACUUAUAUUUUAAGUGUUGUUUAUUUUUUGCAACAGCUCUUUUUUAUACUCAAGCGCGAAUGUAUUUAUUGUAAAAAGAAACAGAAUAGACUUGAUAUUUGCAACAAAAUAAAGAGAUUUGUAAGUAUAAACCAAGUUUUUGUUACGUAUAGUUAUAUAAUAGGUU